AUGGCGGGCAAAAUGCGAUCUUCUGUUGUGUCGGUGGACCUGUCCGUCUCCUCGGACUGUUGUUCGCGUAAAAGAGACGUGGAAGGAAGGCUUAAAGCGCUUAAAGGUAAGUUUUGACGUCUCAUGUUAUCCAUGGUAAAGUAGAUCAAAAUAUCCUUUGUCUCAAAGGUUUAUAGGGCGGAAAUGGUUUUCUAGAGUAUUUUUAGGUAUUUGCUACUAUAUAGAUUAAAAGUUCACAGGAUUUAGCCGAUUUGUUUUGAUUUUUAGUAGUUGUUUUAUUUUUCAGAGAAGGUGAUCAAGAAUCCCGAGAAAGAAGACCGUUUGUUCGGCGAUCCGUACUAUGCCGACUUCAAAAUUAAAGCUGGACGCAGAGUCUUUCAUGUAAGUUGUAUUUCACUGAUUUUUAUUCCAAUUUUAGAUCGCAAAAUACCAAUUGGCGCUGAAGUCCGUGGUCUUUGAAAGGCUGCUGAAAUCGGACAUGAGAGAGUCGAAUGAAGGUGUUCUCAAGCUCGACGAUGGUGCUGAUGCGGUGGAGGCCAUGCUCAAGUUUGUCUACAUGUAUACCCCAGUGAAAGGAGGCGAGUUGGCGAGGAAAGUUAUUCAACUUGCACACCGAUACGAGUUGGAGGAACUGAAGGUGAGUGUUUUACGCAAUAUUAUUGAUUCUUAGAGAAGAUUUGGUGUGUUAUUGUCUAUAGAAAGUCAUGACGUCCCUUUUGAGCUUGUGUUUGGUGGGAAUUUUUGACAUUUCAUUUUUUAUAUUGUACAUGACUAAGUUUGGAAAAAUGAGAAAUUUAAGUUUGUUAAUUUGAGUGAAGUCGUUUAGAAGCUAGCCCACUGGACUAGAGUGUACUUGAAAAAAACUAGAUUUUUUGGUUUUUGCGCAUUUACGAUGUUAUAUUACACAUGAUAAUUUUUGAUACCAAAUUUUGUUAUAUUGGGCUUCUAGCAAGAAAGAUAUGGUGCAAUUUCCUGUAUUUGCAUUUCAACAUCAUUUCCCACCUCUUCAGGUUCGCUUUAAAUUAUUUAUGAGAAUUUUUUAUAUUACACUUGACAUUGAACUCAAAUUUUCGAAUUUCAGGACCAAUGCGAGCUGGAGAUUAUCGAAACACUAACCAUGGAGGACGCCAGAGACAGUCUUUUGCUCGCAAAUCAGUUGGAACUCCCACUUUUGUUCACCAAGUGCAACGAAUUCCUCUACUUCAACUUCGACGACUUCAAUAACAACAACGAUGUGGUUGUGGUCGACCUGGAGGCGCCGCUCAAAAUCUCGGUCGAACCGAACGAAAUCCUCCUGGUCCAGGGCCAACCCAAAUCCCAUCACAAGAUCAAGAAUCACAGCAGUGUGGAGAUUGCCUACAAAUUUUGCGUCCGCUCCCCCGGCUUCAACGGCUCCAUUUUCAAGGUGGUUGGGCCGAAAAAGGCGCACGACUUUUAUUUCACCGACUUUUUGGCCUUCAACUUUGUCCACAAGGUCGGGAUUUAUUAUGUGGAGCAUGUGAAGAACAAGUGCAUCGACUACACCAAACUGGAUGCCUUCCCAGACGCCAAAUUCAUCCCCUUGCAUCUGAAACUUGCCUAUUAA